AUGUCUCUGGCUGCCUCGAGAGAAGUCAUUGCUGCCGACCGCCGACGUCACCGGCUCGUUCAGUAUCACUGGCAUUCCGACGACGCCAUCGCUUCCUCCAAAGCGCAAUCCCAUACAUGGACUUGGCUCGACGCGCUCAACAAGAUCUGA